GUUUGAAGGUAAAAAGUAAAACUAAAAAACUCGCAUCUCCGGCAAUUCAACUCUUUAAAACAAGAGCCGGCCGUAUGUAAGUACAGUAGGGCGAUCGGAGUCCGUGGAGAACUAACCGGAGCUUGAGCAAAAGCCUCUAGUCCCAAACAAUCGCAAGCCCUAGCAAGAAAUCGGCGAUAUGGAUUUCUCUGGAGGAGGAAACUGGAGCAUGAUCCCCAACAUCCCUACUCUCAGCAACUCCUCUAAUCUUUCCAAUCAAGAAUCCCUUUACCUUCAACAGCAGCAAUUCUCCCUUCAGCAGCAGCAGCAGCAGCAACAACAGCAACUAUCCUUUCACCACCAGCCACAGCAAUUCCAGCCCCAAAUUCAACCCCAACAGCAAUUUCAGCAGCAACAAUCCUCCCCCCAAUUUCAACAGCUACAACCCUCUCCUCAAAUUCAGCCCCAACAACAACUCUCCACCCAAUUCCAGCAGCAAAUGCAACCCCAACAUUUCCCCCAGCAGCAGCAGCAGCAACAACAACAACAACAGCAAUAUCAUUUUCAACAACAACAGCAGCGCCUUCUUCAACAGCAGCAGCAGCAACAGAAACAGCAGCAAUAUCAUCAACACCAGUCUCUGGCUUCCCAUUUUCAUCUAUUUCAUCUUGUGGAGAAAUUAGCGGAUGCGAUUGAGACUGGAGUUAGAGAUCAGCAAUCGGAUGCAUUGGUCAAUGAUCUGAACAACCACUUUGAGAAGUGCCAGCAACUGUUAAACUCGAUAUCUGGAUCACUCAGCUCAAAGGCUAUGACAGUAGAGGGACAGAAGAAGAAGCUGGAAGAACAUGAGCAGUUGUUAAGUUAUCGAAGGGAACUGAUUGGCAAAUAUAAGAGCUCCGUUGAAGAGCUUGGCAAGGGCGAGCCUUAGCUACUUCUCACCCAUUCCUAAUUAGGCCUGGCUAGCAUCAUGUACCUGUUUUGAAGGGAUGUGAAAAGAGCUGCUUUCACCGGGUCUUGCAAUUCCAUGGAGGGGCUUUUAUCUAAUCUGCCUCCCUGCAUUUCAUAACACGAUGAUAUGAUGCACAGUUGAAUUCAAUCCUCUCUGUUCUCUUCGACUUUUUCAGGAACUCAUGUUACCUCUAACGUAUCUUGUACAGUUAUUCCAACAGUUAACUUCUAAAAUUAAUGAACAGUAGAUGCUUUCUCUA